AUGACCACACUACUGAAUACAGUGUCUUCAAUUUCAAAUUUACCCUUAAUGCCAAAACGAAACAGUUGCAGUUUCUUAGAUACCCGUGUUCAAACUCCUAACAAUCGCAGUUUCCCUUUCAUGAAAAUUUGUUUUUCAAGAGUCUUGGCUUCGACCCAUGAGAAAAUUUGUUUUUCAAGAGAUUGGCAGAAGGACUAUAGAAGCAGGGAAGUUCGAGCCAAUGAUGCAUUUCUUCAUUUAGAGCACAUGGUGGGUAUGGGUCAUAAACCUAAGGUAGCUCAUGUAACUCAGCUUUUGUAUGAUCUUUGUAAGUUUGGUAAAGUUCGUAAAUCUGUUAGGGUUAUGGAGAUUUUGGUAAGUUCGGGUAUUACACCUGAUGCUGAGUCAUAUACAUAUUUCGUCAAUUAUUUGUGUAGAAGAGGUAAUGUUGGUUAUGCAAUGCAAUUGGUUGAAAUGAUGGAAGCAAAUGGUUAUACAACUAAUACCGUUACCUAUAAUGCUAUGGUUAAAGGGCUUUGUAAGCAUGGAAAAUUGAAUCAGAGUAUGCAGAUUUUAGAUAGGUUGAUAAAGAAGGGUCUUGUCCCAAAUGAAGUUACAUAUUCAAUCUUGCUUGAAGCUGCUUAUAAGGAAAGGGGAGUACGUGAAGCCAUGAAGCUGCUAGAUGAGAUAAUUGCCAAGGGCGGUAAACCUACUUUGGUUAGCUACAAUGUAUUGUUGACUGGGUUGUGUAAGGAAGGUAGAACUGAAGAAGCUAUUAAGCUUUUUAGAGAAUUGCCUGCAAAAGGGUUUGAACCCAGUGUUGUGAGUCAUAACAUUUUGUUAAGAAAUUUGUGCAAUGAAGGGCGAUGGGAGGAAGCAUACAAGCUUUUAGCUGGGAUGGAUAGAGAGGGAAAGACUCCUUCUGCAGUUACUUACAACAUACUGAUCGCCUAUCUUUCUAUUGAUGGAAAAAUUGAACAGGCUUUCCAAGUUUUAGAUGAAAUGACAAAGGGUGGAUUCAAGGUGAGUGCUAGUAGCUAUAAUCCAAUUAUUGCUCAUCUCUGCAAGGAUGGAAAGGUGGAUCUUGUUGUUGAGUGUCUAGACCAAAUGAUUAAUCGGCGUUUUCAUCUUAAUCCAGGAACGUACAAUGCUAUUGCCUUGCUUUGUGAGCAAGGGAUGGUGAAGGAGGCUUUCUCAAUAUUUGAUAACUUGGGUAAAAAACAAAACUACCCUAUCCAUAUUUUCUUCCAAAAUGUGAUUUCAUUCUUGUGUAACAAAAGGAAUACAUAUUCGGCCUUUCAGAUAUUAUAUGAAAUGACGAUGCAUGGAUUUACACCAGAUUCCUAUACUUACUCGUCUUUGAUAAAAGGAUUGUGUAGGGAGGGAAUGCAUGAUGAGGCUCUCGAGAUAUUUGGGAUUUUGGAAGACUAUGACUAUUUGCCUCGUGUUAGUAACUAUAAUGCUCUUAUUCUUGGAUUUAGCAAAUCUCAGAGAGUAGAUUUGUCAAUAGAGAUACUUGAGAUGAUGGUCAACAAAGGAUGUAUGCCUAAUGAGGCAACAUAUACCAUUAUUGUUGAAGGGCUUGCUUUUGAAGAAGAAAUGGAUUUAGCGGCUAACCUAUUGAAAGAGUUACAUUUGAAAGGGGUUUUGAGUCUAAGUACUGUCAAAAGACUUUCUAUGCAACACAACUUCAAGAAGUUAACAGGAUAG